AUGACUGAGACUGAAACAAAAAAUAACGACGUCGAACAAGACGCGGCAACGGAAAAUGCUCCCGAUAUUGUCGCAAAUAACGAAAAAAAGCCAGAAAUCCCGAAAUACCAAUGUGGAUGGUUCAGUUUUCGCCCAAAAUGGCUGCAACGCUUCAUGAAUCCCAAAUGGGCGCUUUUCUGGUUAUGCUGGGCUGGAGCAGUACAAGGUCUCGUCAUCAACGGCUUCAUUAACGUCGUCAUCACGACAAUUGAGCGUCGUUUUGGACUCCGUUCAACAGCUACGGGCCUCGUGGCAAGUGGAUAUGACAUCGCUUCCUUCAUCUGUUUAGUUCCUGUGACGUAUUUCGGGGGGCGUUUGGGUGCCUCGAAGCCCAAAUGGCUCGGAAUUGGUGUCAUUGUGAUGGGAAUUGGCUCAGCGGUGUUCGCUCUUCCUCAUUUUCUGGUCGGACAAUAUCGUGCUACGAGUGCCGAAAGCAAUGUUUGCGUCGCUGGCGUCGGAAAUGGAACAGAUACGUGUGGAUCGGCAGCUAAUGGAGGCAGUGAGAACCUUUCGUGGAACGUUUGGUUCUUUUUUGUCGCGCAAUUGUUGCAUGGCGCAGGAGCUUCGCCACUUUAUACACUCGGAGUCACGUAUAUCGACGAAAAUGUGUCGAAAAAAAUGUCGUCUGUGUACUUAGGAAUUUAUUACACAAUGGCGGUCAUUGGACCAGCUGUUGGCUACGUGCUCGGUGGGCAAUUGCUGCUUUUCUACACGGACAUGUUUUCAGUUGAUGCCACAGAGCUCGGAUUGACUCCCUACAGCAAAGUAUGGGUUGGCGCUUGGUGGUGCGGAUUCGUAAUAAUGGCUCUCUUCUGCUUCUUGCUUGCCAUCCCAAUUCUUGGAUUCCCUCCUGCCUUGCCAGACUACGAAAAAAUUCAAAAGGAACGUGUCUCAGAAGCGCACAACUUGAAAAAAGACGAAAAGAAACAAUUUACCAAACUCCGAGAAAUCCCAAAGGCCCUUUUAGCACUCUUGAAGAACCCAGCGUUCUUCUUUUUGAACCUCGCAGGCGCUUCUGAGGGUCUUGUCAUCUCCGGUUUUGCCGUAUUUCUGCCGAAACUCAUCGAAAAUCAGUUUAGCGCGACUGCUGUUUGGUCUGCUUUGCUCAUGGGAUUGAUCACGGUGCCCGCAGGAGGUGGCGGAACGUUCCUCGGCGGUUACUUGGUGAAGAAAUUGAAUUUGUCCUGCGCGGGAAUCAUCAAAUUUUGUUUAAUUGCGACAAUAUUUGCUGCUGCGUUCACCGUUUGCUUCUUCCUGUCAUGCCCGAAUUUGACAUUUGCUGGCGUAACGUCGUCUUAUUUCCCGUUUUCGCAAGGUUUGGCGUCGAAUGAGGAAGCAAUCUUGACGCAUGAGAAAUUUUUGGAAAAUGUUCAGAAUGCCCGGCUCGAAAAUCAGUGUAAUCACGGUUGUGGGUGCAGCAAAGAGAAGUACGAGCCAAUUUGCGGGGCGGAUGGUGUCAUGUACUACUCACCAUGUCACGCGGGAUGUUCAAAAGAGAUAAAUUUGGAAACACUGAAAGUCUAUCAAGAUUGCUCUUGCAUCCAAAAACACAACGGCUCAAAUGCGAAUGCCAUGUUCAAUGACAAAGCAGCCGGUUACGAUGCCAUCAACACGAGUUGCGAGUCAAAAUGUCCCCAUUUGUGGCUUUUUUCGGUCAUGUGUUUCUGCGUGAUGUUUUUCACGUUCCUGGCAACGAUGCCCGCCCUUUCGGCAACUUUGAGAUGCGUUCACGACGACCAACGAUCAUUUGCGUUGGGAAUUCAGUGGAUUAAGGUACGCUUGUUGGGAACUAUUCCAGCGCCGAUGGUGUUUGGACGAAUGAUUGACGAGUCGUGCAUUUUGUGGCAAAGUUCUUGCGACACGGGACACGGAGCUUGUUUGGUGUAUGACAACCACAUGAUGAGCAAGUACAUGUUGGGACUCGGAUUAGCGGGAAAAAUUUGUUCAAUCGUGUUCUUCAUGGCAGCAGCUUAUUUCUAUAUUCCGCCGAAAAAUGACGAAGACACGAACGGAGACGUGAAGGAAGUGGCGCAAGUCAAAAUGAAUGGACAUUCCAACAACACGGAGAAGGAACGGUUUUAA